UAGCAUUGCCUUGGGAAAGGGGUUAGUAUCUUGGGAGGUGGGGAGGGCAGGCAGGACAAGGCUUUGCAGAGAAGAUAUCUCAACAGAAGAAAAGGCAAAAAAGACCCCCAAAGAAAGUCACAACUGUAGAGGACUUCCCAUCUUUUAAUUUGCUGCCUCCUGUACAAGCCAACACUGACCCUGUUAUAGUCUGCCAAUAUAUUUUGACCUUUUCACCAGAGGAUUUCUUACUGUCACCAUUAUGACUGAGAUUGCAACAGAAGGACCUGCAUCCACCACUACAGUGAUAGACAACAAAAAUGGAGCGGUCCCCAUCCCACACAUGAAGUUAUCCAAAAAGUCAGUAUCAGAAGACUUUGCAACGACAUUCAGCUCACCAGCAGCCUGGCUCCUUGUUGCUGCACUUAUUGUUACCUGGUCAGCUGUGGCUAUUGUCAUGUUUGACUUGGUGGAUUACAAAACCCUUGCAGGAGUACAUCAACUUGAUAUUGACAAAGAUGUGGGGAAAAGAGAGAUCCAUGGAGGUCAAUCUGUAAACAAGCUCACUACUGAUCCACUGAGACUCGUGCACGGUGCUGUGGAAGACACUACCAGUUGGGUUUAUGGUUUCCUUUCAUUAAUGUCAGACCUCAUAUUUGAAGAUGAAGAAGAGAGUGAAAAAGGUGAAGCAGAGCCUCCCUUGAAAGUAAAAGAAGAAGUCCAACCACCGGUCAAAAAGAAAGAGAUCCAGAUAGACAAGAUAGAAAAAGAAGAGAAAAUUGAAAAGAAGCCACCACCCAAAGCAUUUACUUGA